AUGGAGUGCACCAACACUUUUAAUACAGUACGUGUAUCAGGUUUAAAUUAUGCCGGAGAAGUUUUUAAAAUCCAAAAACAUGUAAUUUUACCAAAUAAAAUUCAACAAUUUUGUGCAGUUUAUAAAUAUAAAAUAGAAGGCAUUGGAAACAUACUUUGCCAUUUUUUUCGAGAAAGAACAAUAAAGUCAGCGCUCACAUUCAAUGAAUUGGUAGAGGUUAUAUCUUGGUAUGAAGAAUACAACGAUAUAGAAUUAGUAAGGUUCAUUUCUGGUUUACUGUUCUUUUCAUACCACUCAGAAAAGUAUUGUCAUUAUGUAGAUUUCAAUGGUUAUAUAAAAUUUUGUGCAAAUAUUUUAUUUGACCCAUCAAUAAAAGUAUCAUCACUUUUUAGAGUUAAUUCACAAAUUGGCCACAGGUGUACAUCAUCAACUUAUUCGGAAUAUAAUGUUGAUAUAGUUACAGAUUAUAUUGUCAAAGAUAAAAGGUUUAAUGAAUGGUUUAUAAGAAACUCUCAAUCAAAUCCUAAUCAUUUGCAAUUUAUGAUAGAUAAAUUCAAAACUAAUAUUGAUAAAACCCCAUUAAUAUAUAAAGAUAUUCAUGCAGAGUUAACUUUAAACCCAAAUAGUAACAAGAUACCAAAAAUAAUACUCUCCUAUUUAUAUUACGUAGAACAAAAGGAAUCAAAUAAUAAUAAUAAUAAUAAUAAUAAUAAUAACAAUAACAAUAACAUUAACAAUUAUGAUAAUGAUAAUAAUAACAAUAACGAUAAUAAAAAUAAUAUUAAACUUCCAAAUAUACUUUAUAAAAAAAUUUUAAAUUACAACAUAAAUAACUAUUUAUAUUCAAAGAAAAAAGUAUAUGAAUUACUCUGGAGCCACACACAACCCUAUACCCCAAGUAAAGGCGAUAUUUUAAAAUAUGCAUUAGUUUCCAAAUACUUUUUUAAAGCUUGUUCAGAUAUAGUCGGGGAGGGAAAGUAUUAUUGGUAUUCGCCAUUCAACAUAUCAAACCAGUUUUGUCUAGUAAAAGAGCCACCAAGAUAUUUCAACUACUAUUCAAUUAAAGGGUUACCAUAUUACCAAGAUAAAUCAACAGUAGAUUAUUAUUUUUCGAAAAUUGAAAAAUGUUUUGUAAUUUGCGAAAAUUUCCCAAUCGAUGGAUCAAGGCAUUGUGUUUCCUCUAAAAAACACUACCCAUUAGAAAACUAUUUGGUAUAUCCUCCAAAAAUGCCAUCAUUAAAGAAAUUAAAAGUAACCAACUUUAAAAAUGGAAAUAUUAACUAUUCAAAUCUUAUUUGCUUUAUAAUUCAAUCAACUGUAGAUAAUAGUAAUAAUACUAAAAGACAAAUAGAAGCUAAUGAUAAAAAUAAUAAUGGAAUUGAAUAUUUUGUUUUUAAAUUAUGCAAACCUAAUCGCUACAUACCUAUCCAACAAAUAGAUAUUUUUUCACAAAUACCAAUUUUUUCAACUUUAUUUAAAUGUUGCUCAAAAUCUUUAAAAAAAGUUAAAAUAGAAAUGCGAGAUGAUAGUGGAUUACCUUUUUUAAAAAAGGCAAUAGAAGAAAAUAAUAAUUUAGAACACAUUCUAUUCAUAGUGCAUCUAUUUAAGUAUAAUAUAGAAAACUUUAGAUCAGAAGUUCAUAAAAAAAAGCGAAUCUUACUUUUACAUAAAGAUUCAUUCUUUGAUGACAUGUGCAUGUUAAUUUCUUCUACAACUCAUAAUGAUUAUUAA